AUGACAUUUUUUUUCUCGUCGUUCUUCGUCAAAUCCAUUUCAUUUGGAUAUAUUUUUCCCUUCAUUGAUAUUAUUCUUCUUUUUUCUCCUUUUUCCUUCUUCUUCGUCUUAUUUUUUCGUCUUUUUCUUGUUUUUCUUCUUCGUCUUCGUCAUCGUCUCCCUCUUCUUCAUCGUCGUCGUCUUCCUCUUCUUCGUCGUUGUUGUCAUCGAUUUCUUCUUCUUCUUCUAUUUCUUUUUCUUUCUUUCUUUCUUUCUUUCUUUCUUUCUGUCUUUCUUUCUGUAUUUCACUUUCUUUCCUUCUGUCUCCCAUUCUCACUUCCCUUCCGUUUUUUCUUCUAUAUUUCUUUCUGCCUUUCCUUCUGUCUUUCCUCCAGUUUUUCUUUCUGUCUUUCCACCCUUCUUUCUUCCUGCCUUUUAUUCUACGUUUCUUUCUGUCUUUCGUUAUGUCUUUCCUUCUGUUUUUAUUUCGUUUUCCAUUCCGACAUUUCUUCCUUUUUUCCUCCUAUAUUUUCUUCUGUUUUCCUUUCUGCUAGUCUUUCUGUCUUUCAUUCUGGUUUUCCUCCUCUCUUUGUUACUUUUUCCUUUCUGCCCUUGUCUUCCUUCUCCAACACGUUAUAA